GGUCAGGUAAUGUAAUCUAAGUGGGAGCUACUUUAAUGAAAGGCUGAGGAUUUAGUGAGUAUACAGAGAGAAAGAGAAUCAUGGCAAGGUUGGUGGUGGUAGAUCAUCAGCAGAACAAACACCCUACUUUUUCCUCUUCCAUUUCCCACCUUUCUUUUCUCUCUCACUCCAAUGCCUCUAGAAUCCACUCUCAAGUUCAGUAUAAGAAAAAGGUAUGGAAACCAAAAGGAGAAUUAGAUGUUACAGUUUCAAGGCAGCAUCCGACUAAAGCUUUUGCAGUGCCUAGGAGGAAUGCAUUGGCCUUGAUCUUGUCAGGUUACUUCUUCUCAGAAGUUGGGUUCCACAAUAUUGCAUUUGCUGAACAAUCUAUUGGCCUCAGGGAAUACAUAGACACUUUUGAUGGCUAUUCCUUUAAGUAUCCCCAGAAUUGGAUUCAAGUGCGAGGCGCGGGAGCGGAUAUAUUUUUCAGAGAUCCUUAUGUUCUUGAUGAAAAUCUCUCUGUGGAAUUGUCCUCUCCUUCAUCCUCCAGAUACAAGAGUGUUGAAGACUUGGGUCCGCCAAAAGAAGCUGCAAAGAAAGUACUUAAGCAGUAUCUGACAGAGUUUAUGUCUACAAGACUCGGCGUUAGACGCGAAUCUAACAUUCUUUCUACCUCAUCAAAAACUGCUGAAGACGGGAGGCUCUAUUACCACGUUGAGGUAAACAUUAAAUCAUAUGCAAACAACAAUGAGCUAGCAGUUAUGCCACAAGACCGAAUACCUCGACUCGAAUGGAAUAGGAGGUACCUUUCUGUUCUGGGGGUUGAAAACAAUCGUUUGUAUGAGUUGAGACUGCAAACACCUGAAAAUGUUUUCGAAGAAGCAGAGAAUGAUCUCCGCCAAGUUAUGGAUUCCUUUAGAGUGAACAAGGUGGCUGCUUAAACCAUAUGGUUUUCAAAGACCUUGUAAUCUUCUUUGAAUGCCAUUUUCCCAUUAUAAAUGUAGCCCAAUUGAUUCUUGAAUGAUGUGCAUUCUUUAAUGAGUUUUUCCACCUGGUUCAGCUUCUUGUCAAUGUUUGGCUGCCAAAU